UCCUUAAUUGCCAUUAAUUUAAUUAAGAAGACAGAGAACCAGAGCUAGGGCUGGAAGAACGGUCCGAAUUGUUGCCAUGGGAGGUCGAUGUUGUGAUCGGGAAUAGAACAUUCAUUUUCCUUUCUCCAUUGCCAAACGGCUUGUUCUCAGUGCAGGUCUUUACUUUCCAUUAUUGGCGAUGGACAUCCGAGGUUAUGCGGGGUUACCUGAAACCCCACAGAUGCUUCCGCCUCCGCCUGGAAGUUUUGUUGAUCGAGAAGAACUUAUUCAACAUGUUGGGGAGUUUGCUUUGACCCAGGGAUAUGUUGUAACUAUCAAACAAUCUAAGAAGGACAAAGUGGUAAUCCUUGGCUGCGACAGAGGUGGUGUUUAUCGUAAUAGGAGGAAACCUAUUGAUGAGGGAACUGGUGAACAGUCUCGCAAAAGAAAAACAGGUUCUCGGCUUACAAAUUGCCCAUUUGAAUGUGUGGGUAAAAAGGAUGAUGGUUUAUGGGUUCUCAAUGUUAAAAAUGGUUCACAUAACCAUGAACCAUUAAGGGACAUUUCAGAGCAUCCUUCAGCUCGUCGUUUCUCAGAGACAGAAGUUAUACUAAUCAAAGAGAUGACUGAUGCUGGUUUAAAACCACGCCAAAUUCUAAAGAGACUAAGACAAAGCAAUCCAGAGCUUUUAUCAACUCCAAAGCAUGUUUACAAUGUUAAAGCCAAGCUCCGACAAGGAAAUCUUGCAGUGAGGAGAUUCAAGACAUUGAGGCCUCAGACAUCUGCGGUUGGGAAUUUGUUUCUUCCUACAACCAGUGAGCCAUCUUGGAAGCAGCGUUACCCACCGCGGGUUCCAAAUUUCAUUGGAGGUAGAUUUGUUGAUUCUCAAUCACCGACAUCCAUUGACGUAAUAAACCCUGCAACACAGCAAGUAGUCUCCCAGGUUCCUUUAACCACUCCUGACGAACUCAGAGCUUUAGUAUUUGCUGCAAAGAGGGCAUUUCCAUCAUGGCGAAACACACCAGUUAUAACCCGUCAACGUUACAUGUUUAAACUCCAAGAACUUAUACGGAGAGAGAUUGAAAAGCUUGCAAUGAGUAUUACUAGUGAGCAUGGAAAAACAUUAAAGGAUGCAUACAGUGAGGUAUUACAUGGGCUAGAGGUUGUGGAACAUGCCUGCGGAGUUGCAAAUCUGCAGAUGGGGGAAUUUGCCCCAAAUGUAUCAAAUGGAAUUGAUACCUACAGCAUUAGAGAGCCACUUGGUGUUUGUGCUGGAAUUUGUCCUUCCAAUUUUCCAGCAAUGAUUCCAUUAUGGAUGUUUCCGAUUGCAGUUACAUGUGGUAAUACCUUUAUUUUGAAGCCAUCAGAGAAAGAUCCAGGAGCUUCAAUUAUACUUGCAGAGUUAGCACUGGAGGUUGGUUUGCCCAAUGGUGUAUUAAAUAUUGUUCAUGGAACCGAUGACAUCAUCAAUGAUAUAUGUGAUGAUGAUGACAUUAAAGCUAUAUCAUUUGUGGGUUCAGAUACAGCCAGCAGAUAUGUAUAUGCAAAAGCAUCAACUAGUGGUAAACGUGUUCAGUCCAAUAUGGGUGCCAAAAAUCAUGCAAUUGUCAUGCCUGAUGCAAACAUGGACGCCACCUUGAAUGCUCUAGUUGCUACUGGUUUUGGUGCUGCAGGACAGAGGUGCAUGGCGAUCAGCACGGUUAUCUUUGUUGGAGGUUUAUAUUCAUGGGAAGAUAAACUAGUGGAGCGGGCUAAGUCACUUAAAGUAAAUGCUGGAACGGAACCGGGUGCAGACCUGGGUCCAGUGAUUAGUAAGCAGGCAAAGGAGCAUGUAUGCAGAUUAAUUCAGAGUGGUAUUGAUAGUGGUGCUAGACUAGCACUUGAUGGAAGAAAUAUUGUGGUUCCAAGGUAUGAAUUGGGCAACUUUGUUGGUCCUACCAUCUUGUCUGACAUCAGAUGUGAAAUGGAGUGUUACAAGGAGGAAAUUUUUGGGCCGGUGCUUCUGUGCAUGGAGGCUGACAGCUUAGAGGAGGCCAUAGACAUCGUUAAUAGAAACAAAUCUGGAAAUGGAGCUUCCAUAUUUACAACAUCCGGUGCAGCUGCUAGGAAAUUCCAAACUGACGUUGAGGCUGGGCAGGUUGGUAUAAACGUUCCAGUCGCAGCCCCACUGCCAUUUCUCUCAUUUACCGGCUCCAAGGCAUCGUUUUCUGGAGAUCUCCAUUUCUAUGGCAAGUCUGGAGUACACUUCUACACCCAGAUCAAAACAGUGACUCAACAAUGGAAGGAUUUUCCUAGCAGCAGUGGUUUAUCCCUGGGAAAUAGCGAAUCCUUGGGGAAUGAAGAUUCCCUGGUGAAUGAAGAAUCCCUUGCAAAUAUAGAAUCCCUGGCUUUCCCAAGUUCUGAUGGAUCCCACAACAUCCAAAAUGCCUGAAUCAUCACUCCCCUCUUACAUGUUUCCUUUCCCUGUCUCUAUGCUCUCAACUUCUCUUUUGUUUUUGCUAUUAUGUCUAUGCCUUUUAACUUCUUCUUCUUCUUCUUCUCUUCUAUUGUUUCCUUAUUCUUUUUAGUGUAUAUAUAGCUCAUGUAGAUUUUCUGACCCCUCCCAUAAUAUAAAGGUCUCCUUCCCCUCCUCCCCUUUAGCUCCUUUUUUUUUUUUUUGCCUUUUUUUUUUCAUUGUGAGCAUGGGCAGUAACAUUAAAGCCAUUCCUUUGUUACCAAUGGGUUACGGAUUUAAGUUGUAAAAAUAAUCUCUUGAUAUGUUCAGACUAAUCCCAUAUUUGGGUGAUUUUGUCAU